GGCCGGCCGCGCUGCGGGGAGCCCGGGACGGCGAGAGCAGGAAGAGUUUCUGGUCACCUAGCGCCUGAUUGGCUGCUCUCUGAGUCAUUUGUGCGGGCUCGGCCGCUGAUUGGUUGGUGGUUACGUGAUGCAGCAGGAUGCUGCUCGGCGCCUGGUGAUGAGGGAGUGUGGAGGUUCCUGAGCCGCCGGUACCGGGAAAUACGGAGGGAAUGGCGGCUGCCGCCGUUCCCUCUGCUGCUCCCGCCGCGCAGCUUCCCCCUCCUCCUCCGCCGCCGCUCGUCUCAGGCACAGGAAGGCUGCCGAGCCGUGUGCUGGAGCUGGUCUUCUCCUACCUGGAGCUGUCAGACCUUCGCAGCUGCGGCCUGGUGUGUAAGCACUGGCACCGCUGCCUGCACGGGGACGAGAACAGCGACGUGUGGAGGAGCCUGUGCCUGCGCACCGUCAGCGAGGAGGCCCUGCGCACCGACGUGCUCUGUAACCUGCCCAGCUACAAGGCCAAGGUUCGAGCCUUCCAGCACGGUUUUAGCUCCGGCGACUGCUCUAGGAACGUUUAUAUUAAGAAAAAUGGCUUCACUCUACACCGGAAUCCUAUUGCUCAAAGCACUGAUGGGGCACGCACCAAAAUUGGCUUCAGUGAAGGGCGUCAUGCCUGGGAGGUAUGGUGGGAAGGGCCACUUGGCACUGUUGCGGUUAUUGGCAUUGCUACAAAACGGGCUCCCAUGCAGUGUCAGGGUUAUGUGGCACUUCUUGGAAGCGAUGACCAAAGUUGGGGCUGGAACCUAGUGGAUAAUAAUUUGUUACAUAAUGGAGAAGUCAAUGGAAGCUUUCCACAGUGUAAUAAUGCACCCAAAUAUCAGAUAGGUGAAAGGAUCAGAGUAAUUUUGGACAUGGAAGACAAGACCUUGGCCUUCGAGCGUGGAUUUGAGUUUUUAGGAGUGGCAUUUAGAGGACUUCCAAAGACCUCUCUCUUUCCAGCAGUUUCUGCAGUGUAUGGAAACACAGAAGUGACUUUGGUCUACCUAGGAAAGCCACUGGAUGGAUGAUUUAUCUCCCGGAGUGACCAGGCAGGAGAGGCUGUGCAUGCAAAGGAGCAGAAAGCAUGACCCGCUGUACGGGUACCUAAAGGACAGAAGCAAUCAAGGGAUCAUCCUUCCUUAAACAAGACUUGGAAGAUUUUCCAUCUUAAUAUGAUUGCAAAGAAUCUGUGGGUCAUUUGUAUGUGUAUGGAGAUUAAGGUUUCAUUAUUUUCCUCCCUGUUGAGAGAUUGUUCUUGUGUUGAUUUGGUGAUUGUGCUUCGGAAACGUUUUACUGAUGGAGUACAUAUGGAUUCAGAGAUGGGGGUAGCAGCACAUGAUGCUCUCCCUACCUCCCCUUUCCAUUCAGGAAUCAAAUGUCUGGAGUUCACUUUGUGUAUAAUUUUAUUUUAAAUGCUCUGGUCCCCUUGACAUCUGACAGAUUGUAUGGUAUUGUAUUCAUGCAGAUGGUUUUUAAGCCUAUAUUUUAUAUUUUUAUGGUCUUUUUGGUUUUUAUAGCUUGUAUUUUUUUUUUGUCUUCUAUUUAUUUUAUGCUUUCUUAUUUGAGCUGGUCAGGGAAUACAAGUCUGCCUUUCCCCUUUUAAUCUUUUUACUAUUGGCUCAGGUUUGGCUUACUUAAAGGGAAAGUAUCAUGAAACCAUACAGAAGUAUUUUAAGAGUAUACUUUAUAUUCUUCAGUGCAUCUUUGUCGUGUUUUAUAGUGAAUAGUAUAGGAUUCUCUCAACUCUGAAGCAUGUCAUUCCAUAGCAAAGUGUAUCUUAUUAAAUCAUGCUAUAUGUAACACAA